GAAUUGCGUACUUCUCGCCGGUCGCUGCCAAACUUGAUCAAAAAACUAAUAAAUAUGAUACAGUAGAAGAUUUUAAUUGGUUAAGACAACAAGCUUCACCACAUUGGGAUUUAUUGGAGGAAAAAUAUUUAAGAAAAGAUUGGCCUUUGAUCAAUAAUGAGGGAAUGAAUAACAUUAACGAAAACGAAUUAAAUAAUGUUUUAAGUGAAAUUUUGGAACAAUCUACCUAA